AUGGGCGUGUCCCCUAACCCCUGCCGACACGGCUUUCCGCAGGCGUUUGCUUUCGACCCCUGCGGGCACAAGGUGUCCUCGGGGCUCUUCCGGCUGUCGUGCCCGCUACUGGUGCAGGCCAUCGAUCUGCUGGAGGACGAGGGGGGGAUAGAGGACGUCAACGCAAGGCUGGCCAGCGAAGAGGGGCUCCGUGAGGACUUUAUGGCCGUGAACUUGGCGCACGGCAUGCUGCGGCGACGUUUAGUGACUCCGGACAAGAUGGGCUUGGUAGAGGAGACCAUCGGCAAGGAGGGGGCUGGACGCUUUCUCGACAGCGGCAUAACAGGCGUAACGCCCGGGAAGGUGCGCGACGCCAAGUGCCUCCACGCGCACGUGGCGGACGCCCUCAUGCGCGGCAGAAGCGCCAACGCGAUCGGGCGCGCGACGCUGGAGCUUCUCGAGGCCCGAGGGGUGCGGACGGACGGGGGCGACCGGUGCAGCGAGCAGUGCAACUAUCUGGUGGAGGAGACGGCCGACAGCUGGAGGUAUACACCGCAAAAGAAUAAACAGAAGCUUCAGAUGAGAAAGGUGCGGCGAAAAGACAUGAAAGCCUGCAUCACCAAGAAGGAGAGAGACCGGGAGACCAAGGAUGAUGCCGUCGUCGACGUCGAUGGCGGCAGCGGCCUACCCCUCAACGGCGUGACCACUGCCGCCAGCAGCUGCAAAAACAGCACCACCGGUUCUAACAUCAUCAGAAUACGCGGCGACACCGGCGUGAGGCACGAUACCACUGAUGGUACGGGAGAACCCGGCGAUGGUGGGAUGGAAAGAGGCCAUCGGACGAUGCGGGUGGAAGAGGACCCUGUUGCUAUGCGAUGA